GAAUGGUGAUUGGUGAUGGACAUAAUGUAUAACGAGAUAGAAAUUUUUUAUAUAUUGUAUCAAUAAUUUAUAAUUUGACGUUAUUCAUUAAGAAUAACGAUGUAAUUUAAAUUAUAAAAUAACAAACAAACUAGUUGAUUCACACUAUUUGUUUUUUCUUUGUUUUUUUUUUUAACUUUUGUACUUCAUGAAAGACCCAUAUACAAUCAACAAACUAAAAAACUGUUUUUUAAUUAAUUUUUUUGACAAGAUCAUGAAGCAGUGGCUGAGUUGAACUUCCUUAUUGCUACCCCUGACCAAUGGAACGUGAUCCCAACAAAAGAAAAGUGAAACCUCCAUCUAAUCCAGAAUUAGUUAAUUUAGAUGAUAUAGCUGGUGAAAGUUCAUCUGAUAGUGAUUUUCGAAUAGAAGAUCAUGUUAUAAAUAGUGGAUCUGAUUCUGAUGUGGCCUCUGAUUUUUCUGAUGGUGAAAAUGAUGAUGAUGAAGAUGGUGAUGAUGAUAAUGAUAAUAUUUCUGGUGAAAAUAAUGAAUCAACAAUUAAUACUUCAAAUGAAGUUACUACUAUUCAGUAUAAUUCCAAAAAAGUUAAUUUAAAAGAAAUUGUGGAUAAAAUACAUAUAUGCAGUAUUUGUUUAGGGGAUGCUAGUGAUGAUGUUAAUGAACUUAUUGAUUGUGAUGACUGUGGAAUAUCAGUUCAUGAAGGUUGCUAUGGUGUGCAUGACUCUGGAAGUAUUAGUUCAUCAGUAUCUUCAUGUUCCAUGGAACCUUGGUUUUGUGAAGCAUGUAAGGCAGGUGUUGAUAACCCUACUUGUGAACUGUGUCCCAAUUUUGGUGGUAUAUUUAAGGAAACGGACAGUGGAAAAUGGGUGCACUUAGUUUGUGCUCUGUAUAUACAUGGUAUUACAUUUGGUGAAGUUACUAGUCUUAGUAAAGUUAUAUUGUUUCCAAAUACUUCUCCAAGAUGGGGUGCUAAAAGUUGUACUUUGUGUAAAGAUAUGAGAUUUAUGUGUACGGGUGUCACAAUAGCUUGUGAUGCUGGAUUAUGUCGAUCAAAUUUUCAUGUUACUUGUGCACAGCGAGAAGGUUUUUUAUCAGAAGCUACCAGUCCAGACACAGAUCAAUCGGACCCAUUUUAUGCUCAUUGUAAAUUGCAUGUUGACAAACUCAUAGCUAAAAAAAGAAAAAGAAAUUGGGAAGCACUUCAAUUACGUACUAAACAAAUGAAACUCCUAAGAGAAGAACAAGCAAUUGAAAAGUCAGGAACGUGGUUACGAAAUCAAAGACGUCUAGAAAAAUUACGUUCUAAAUACUAUCAACAGAAAAACAUUUAUAAACCAGAAAUUAUAGUAAAACCAAAAAUACCACGAUCUAUAACAACAUCAGCUUCAGCAUGUAGAGCUCUUUGGUUAAAAGCUAGUUUAAUGGGUGUGAAUUUAAGUUCUUAUGAAGCAAUUGAAGGUCACAUCAAAGCACUUCGUGAUGUUCCAAAGAAAUGGCAUAUACCUCCAACAUUCAGUUUAGAAUUUGUGAGCUAUUUUUUGGACAGAAACCUUCGAUUAGGAGAAUUAAAAAAACAACUAAAAUAUUUCACUGAACAAAACAUGAAACUUCAUAAUGAGCAAUCAGUUGUAGAAGAAAAAUAUAAAGAAGUAUCAGAACUUAAUGAAAAACAGAAGAGAAGACAUUCAGAACUUAAAAAUUGUAUUUCAGCUUACCAUGAUAUCUUACACUUUGGUAAUCCUGGUAUUAAAUUACCUGAUAUAAACAUGCUUUUUAAUGACCAAAAAUUAGAUUGUUAUCCUGCAGACAAUGAAAUUCCUCUGGGAUUAAAUAACAAAUGUGGUAUUUGUGCUCGCAGUAAUGACCAGCAUUUACUUGCAAAAUGUGAUACAUGCUUCUUGUAUUACCAUUUGGGAUGUUUAAAUCCACCAUUAACAAGAAUGCCUAAAAAAACAAAACUGUUUGGAUGGCAAUGUAGUGAAUGUGAUAAUAGCAAUUCAAAUUCUGAGCCAGAUUCUGUUGAUCCUAAUGCUCCUAGAAGAUUGAGGUAUGGUGGUAGAGAAAGAUCAAUAUCGGGUAGUCAUAGGUCUUCCUCAUUAGUACAUGAAGAUAUUGGCAACUUUAGUGAAUUAAUUAAACCUAGUGGUACUCAAAAAAAAAAGAAACACCAUGAGAGACACAGAGAACGAUAUUCUCCAGAGAUGAUUACAAAACGUGUAAAAUCUAGAAAGCGAAAACAUAAGCAUCAUAGAGAAAAUAAUAUUAUUCAAGAAUCAGAACCUUUCAAUGGUCCAAUUUCUGAACCGCCUAGACAAGGAAUUAAGUUAUUUAUUAAAUCUGUACCAAGUGCCAGCGGAGUUAAAACUACAUCAUCUCAACUGCUUAUUGCAUCACCAAUCGAUGAUACAUCUCAUGUUACAAAACUUAAACAAGAAAAGAGUGUUGAACCUCUUAGAAUAACUACUACAUCAAAUGACGUAAAAGUUACACCAAAAUGUAAUAAUUGUAAAAUAAUUGGUACGAGUGCUACCAUGGUCCAAUGUGAUGAGUGUAGUAAAAACUUUCAUUUUUGUUGUCUAGACCCCCCAGUAAAAAAAUCUCCUAAAGUGAGAGGGUACUCAUGGCAUUGUGCUGAAUGUGAUCCUACGGACAGUGAUUCUUCUUAGUUGCAGUUGAAUAACAUUGACCAUAAUUGCAUAUUAUUUUAUAUAUACAUAUGAUAUUUUGUUGUAUGUAUGACUAGUUCAAAAUGUAUUAUUACAUUAACAAUUAUAUUGUAUUAAACAUUUUUCUAAGAUUUAA